AUGGAAAAGGAAGACAUUAUGGAAAGACAAGAACAGAAGCCGGUAAUGAAUAGUGCUCAGUGUGAUAAAUAUAGCGCAGUUGAUUUGAGCUUGGAAGAGGUUGAAGAGGAAAUCCGUCUUGAGAAAAUUCGACAAACAUCACUUAAAUUUUCAUGGGAUUAUUUGUCACAACUUCUACGUCGAAAUCUUAUGGAGAAACGUUUUGUACUCAGUGCUGAUGACAAGGAGGAUUUGAUGCAGGCAGCAGCUGAUAUGAGAAAAUAUAUGCCAUCAGACAGUGACCGUGAUCUAUCUACACAUUUAAGGCAUCUUGCUGAAAGCUUGUCAAGUGAUUUCCAAGCUCAUCCAGGAUAUUACAAGAUUCGAAAUGCAGAUUUUUCACUUGAAAUUACUGUCUCUCUUGACGGGCAACAAAUUACCAGUUGUUCAGUAUCUUGGUUUGGUGAGCGGGCAGUGGAAGCGCAAGCGCUUCGGCUUUACGUUUCUCGAAACAGAUGGGAUCUGAUCCACACAGCAUUGACAGCUAUGUUUCAUCUUGUUCCAUCAGAUUUGUCGAGGGACGAGAAGAUAUAUUGUUUGCGAUCACUGGAGUACGCUGAAAAAGAUCUACUGAAUAUGUCUGGAAGUGCUCCAUCAAUUUUUGAACAAAUAAACGGUGGUAUUUUGGGUCUCUGUAAGCCACGAACCGAAUCAACUCCAUUCACCAUUUACCCGUUCGUCGAACCUGUGAUAUUCUUAGAUGCUGCUUCGGGUGGUAUUAUAUCUCCUACCGAUGAACAAGUAUUGUAUGAUGUGGAGCCAUAUCUUCAAUUAUGUGUUGUUUCGAGUUCAACUCCAAACUUCUUCUCCGAUACUACGCUUUUUGCCCAUGGGGAGUGGCGCAAUGCUGUAUCAGGCCGUCAGUUACCGGCAGCAUUUUGUUUGCGAUUUUCAAGACCAAUUAUAUUUUCAUCAGCUGCAAUCAAAAAGCUUUCUAAAAUUGCCUCAGUUCAGUUGAAUGUUGAAGGCUCGUAUAACUUGUAUCAGUAUUUGUUGAAUGAAAAUGAGGAAUGUCAUGAUCUUUUUGUUCGUUUACCAGGCUGUUCGACACAACAUUAUAUUUUUGAUGACUCCAUGAAGUCUUCGCAGGAAGAUGGUAUUUUAAGACAGAUACCAUUUGCUCAUUUGCAAGAUGUGGUUUUUCUUGUGAGUAUCAUUCGAACACAACUGGCUCAUAAUGCCUUCUUCGAGAGUCUUGUGAGAGCACAUAGUCGUAGUGCAUGUGUUGAUGAAAAUGUUGUUGAUAUUCAUAUUGCAUCUUCGUACAUCGACUGUUUUGAUCUCCAGUUUUAUCUGAAAAAGAAUUUCUUUAUAGCACGUGUCGCUGUAUCUCCGUCAAAUAUUAAUGUUUCACUAGAAUGCGUAAUAAAUGGAGCGGUACUUCCCGAAUCACAGCAUGCCACAGCUAUUCUUGCAAAAAGUUGGUCGCUGGCAGUAAUGAUGCGAAGUGUUUUGCGGCGUGGAGGAGCCAUUUCGUUGGCUGCGCUUGAAAAACCAUUUGUGAUGAGCGAAAAUGUUGAUAAUAACUGCGACGUUAAAAUAUCACAAUCUUGGUUGUUUGUUCCAAACAUAACGGACAACAGUAUUAACUACAACAAAACAGAACAUGAAUACGUGGUGGAUGAACGAAUUAGUCUUAAUUGUUCAUGUGAUAGCAACGCUUUAGGAAGGCAAUCACCACUGUCUUUAUUAGCACUUUUUAAAGAGCUUGAAAAGAUAGAAGAACUGAUACCACCUCAGAAACCCAUGAACGGAGCGCAACAAUGUACGGCACCUCCACGUAACGAAAUGCUUGCACCACGUACGAGUCGUAUCCAUUCUGAAAAUACGAUGACGAUCAAUGCCUUCUCUGUCCUGGAUGCAAUAUGUGACAUGGCAGCAAGUAUUGAUGAUGGUGAAUCAAAUGUUUCCGAGCACAGUAGCCACUCAUCAAUUGUAGAACGUUGUUCACCAUCUACUAAUGAGAACCAAAGACUUCGGCCACAGAUACCGCCGCAAUCGCCGUCUCCAGCAAGCGAACGUUAUCGUGCUUCCCAAGCGGGAAAUUUUUCACAGCUUUCGCCGCUCGAUAUUGCGCGCCAACGUCUUGCGCAGCAAGCGCCGAUGAGCAAUCCUACAGAUAUCUUUGAAUUUGAUGAUCCACCUCGUAUGAACUCAGCAGGUUCGAUGGGAACACCAGCUCAACAGUUUCAUUUUCCAGAAGCAGGACAAAGUCCAUAUCCUUUUGCAGCUGUGCAAAGUACGAGAGGUCCAUUGAGUGCUCAGCCGACUCUGAAGCGGCGAGGUCGAGGUCGUAAGGCAGGAAAUGUAGGUGACCGGAUGUUGGAUCCUGCUCGACCAAUUCUUGAUCAGAAUACUGGUUUGAUGUUUCGUGGUAUGAAUAUUCCGACUCGCAAGCCUCGAGGGACUUCGACAGCGAGGCGUCCUCGAAGACCACGUAAAGCUGCUCAUAUGCCUGCGUCUCCUGCACAUUCACAUCAAUUUGCCUUAAAUCGCCCUAUGUUACAACGUUCGUUCUCUGAAAUGCCAGUUUAUCCUUCACAAAUGCCACCUGUCAGCUUGUCGCAAGAAAACCGAUCAGAAGCAUCUGAAUUCGAUGGAACUGAAGAAUCAUCCGAUGAUGAAACUGACCCACCGCCUCCUGUCUGUACUACUGCCAUACCGCAGCCGUCAUCUCAGCUUACUGUGAGUAGCAGUGCUACGGUGCCACAGACAACCGUUGUCGGAAAUCUUUCAUCUUCAUCGGCAACUUUACCAAUGGUUAAUAAGUGUUCGUCCUUAACUACCGCUUCAUGUCUUCCAUCCAUUCCAUCCAGUGCUCCAGCAGCGGAACUUACACCUCCAACUAGUUCAUCUCCAACAUCAACCAGUAACAGUUCAAUGCAAUCAGCGGCACUCUUAGCCCAUAAAGCGCGCAAAGGAAGUCUGGAAGCUGUUGUAGGAAAGUUACACUGUAAAACAGCACCGGCAAGCAGUAGCAGUUCGACAACAUCAAAUCCGUAUUUGGCCUCAGAUUUAUAUGACGAUGAAUCGGAACCAGUUAGUAAACCGCCUGAGCCAGUUCCUGCUAAGCGUGAUAGUCCAUCAUUAUCAACAUCAUCUCCUGGGGCACGAAUGUCACCAAAUCUGGCAAAGAUGAAUGCAGAACAACCGGGUUAUGGUUCAGAGUUGAAAAUAAUGAUUAAAUUGAAACAGCAAGCAUCUACGCGACCAUCUACUGGACCAUCGCAGUCUUCAUCGGGUGGUGUGCCACCGUCUAUGCGCUUGGUUGGCCAGCCUCCUUCUUCAUCAAGAUCAAAGGAAGAAAAAGCACUGUUACGACAAAAACAGUUGAAAGAGAAAAAUCGAUCUGCCCCAGAUGAACGUGCUCGGAAGGCGGGUAAAAGAGAGCGUAAGGGUGAACUUAGUAGUAGCAGUAGUAAGAAGCUGAAACUGGAUCGACCAUUAAGUGAGCAGAAAACAGCGACAAUUUCACCAAAAGUUGAAUUUCCACAGGCACUUGCAUUUGCUAGCCUGAAAAAUUUUAAGAUACCAAAGGUAAUGGAAAAUGAAAAAUGUGAAAGCCCGACGCCAACAACAACAACAACACCAGCUGUAGCUACCCCAUCAUCUUCCGGUGCGCAUUUAAACGUUGGUCAAAGUUUGAGCUCUUCAACGAUGCAAGUAGUUUCUUCAACAUCAUUAUCAGCAGCAACAACAGCAACCACAGUAACGGCUACAUCGUCGUCUUCAUCUGCUGGAACAUCUUCGAUAUUUCCACCUAAACCGAAAUCAAUUCUGAAAUCACCAGCUGAGCCACCACCAUCACUUUUUCGAGGAAUGGGUGGUAUGCCGCCAAUGUUACCCGGCCGACGACCAUUGCUACCCGAUCCACGAAAUGUAAUGCAUCAUCCACCAAGAAAUCAAUUUAGACCGCUGGUAGCUCUACCUCGAAUGAUACCGUCAGUGUUGAGUGGUGCUAAUUUCAUGCCACCACCUUCAUCAUCAGGCCGUUGGAUGGCACUAGCACCACAACGACAACCAUCACCUAGGAGUUCACCAUCUGAGCAGUCUGCUCCUAGUUCCGGUUUGUCCGAAACAGCUACAGCUAUGUCGAAAAUGCAAGACAGUCCGACGGAGGCUCUGAAAAUUGUUGCUGACGAGGAAUAA